ACAAUUCUUAUCUACUAUUUAAAAUUUUUCUUGCUCUUUAACAUUAUAUUAAACCCGACAGUCUUUCCACAUCCAGUUUAUUUACUCAUAAAUUGCAAUGAAGAUGUUAAUUUCACUUUUCAUACUUAUUGGUUGUUCUUUAUGUUCAGCAACAGAAAAUGUUUUGGACUUAUUACCGCCAAUUUACGGCAUGGACGAUUUCGAUAGCUGCCAGACUAGUGUCAAUGAGUUCUGUGAAGUAAAAUUUAAACUGACCACGUUAAAAAAUGAUUCUCAAGUUUGGAAGGCGAUUCUGGUUUUUAUUGCCACAUUUGGCACAAUACAAGAAAAACCAGUGACAAAUUAUGCAUUAAUUGUGUUUAAUGCUUUUAAGAUUAAUGAUCGAGCAUCUUUUAGGACACCAAAAAUAAUAAAGCCAUGUUCGAUCACGACAAUUUGAAUCGUUUGAUGUGCCUGGAAAAAAAUAUUAAUAAAUCAUUGAGUGAAGUUACGGACAAAUGGGACACGGAAUACUCAUAUCUGGAUUUGAGAUUUAACGUCGACAAUGUUAUAUGCAAAAAUUAUGUUGGUUUGUUUAAAAUUGACCUGUAUGAUUAUAUUUUUCUAACAUCUUUAGCUAUUUACAUUGCUUUUUUGGCAUAUGCCACCUAUGCACACCACAAAAGCGGUGAAAGUGUCAAUAAACACAUAAAAGCCUUUUCUGUCUGGUGCAACUGGAAAUUGGCUCUUAAAGAUAACCAAAACACAGACUUUCAAAAAUUAAAAAUAUUUCAAUACGUAAGAACUAUCUCAAUGGUCUCUGUUGUUUUGUGUCACAGCCAAAUGAGCGUUGGAACUGCCUACAUAGAAAAUACGGAGUAUUUAGAAAAUGCUUACAAACAUCCCUUGCUCUCCUUAGUUCCAGCCUUUGACAGUUAUGUGGUACAAAUAUUUUUCGUGAUCUCCGCCUGGUUAUUGUUGAUACAGGUGUAUGAAAUUAAAGAGAAACACGGGGAAUUCACGUUAAAGUCUGCUUACACAAUUUUUAUCAACAGAGUAUUAAGAUUAUGGCCCAGUUUGAUCCUCAUGAUUUUGCUACACAAAAGUAAGAUCAGUUUCAAAAUGUACACCGGGCCAUUUAUGGAACUGUUAGUACAGGAUCACAAUAACUGCAACAAUAACUGGUGGCAACCUCUCUUAUUUGUCAAUAAUUUAUUUUUGGAAUCCAAAGAAAUGUGUAAUGUAGCCACUUGGUAUCUAUCAGUAGAUACUCAACUGUAUCUUGCAUCACUAAUAAUAUUGUACAUCAUGAUAAAAUACAAUUUGGGAUUAAAGACCCUUAUUGCACUUUUUAGUUUUAUAAGUUUAAUUUAUGCAGGUGUAAUAUAUUACAACCAUGUUGAUAUGGUAGUUCAAAUUGGUCCAGAGAUUAGCAAAUUGGAAAAACUCAUAUCCACUCGUUCAAUAGAUAUUUUGUACUUCUCUACAAUUGCCAACACCAACACCUUUAUUUUGGGCCUCUGUUUUGGGCUUAUAUAUUAUAAAAAAACUCGUAAAGAACAAUAUCUAUAUAACAACAAAACAAUGUCUGUGAUAUUCUACCUAUCUGGAUCGCUAUCAUUUAUCGUACUUUUCAUAACCAGCACUUAUAACCAUCGAGGUGUACUUGGUGCUUUGGUUGGCUCAUUGCUAAAACCAAUAUUUUGUUUGGGAAUAUGCAUAUUCCUGCUUGGCGUUGCCGAGGGCAGAGGAGGAAUUGUAAAAAAAAUAUGUGAAGCGAAAAUAUUUAGUGUGGUGGCCAACUUCACUUACUGCACGUAUAUAUUUCAUUUUGCUGUCGUUUUCCAGAAACACAUCACACAGAGAAACCUAUUAAAUCUCAACAUGUUUACGCUCAUGUACAUAUUUUUGACUGAUGUAUUUCAGUCAUUUUGGGUUGGAUUCGUGAUGUAUUUUCUCAUAGAGAAACCAAUGCAAAACUUACAAAAGACUUAUGGACCAAAGACUUCAAAAAUUGCCUACAAAACAUCAUGUACUUUGGAAAUUUGUGUAAAAAAGUAGAGACUGUCGGCAAGGAUGGUACAAUUUUUGUAUUUUAUUUUUAAUAAAUAAUUGAAAAGUGU